AUGCUCAUCAUCUCCGGAAUGUACAGCCAGCUUGGUGUGGGCUGCCCACUUUCAGAGGCCCUAAUAAACAUCCCCUUGAUUCUCAGACUCCUCGUUGCUUACGAACUGAUAUUUGCCACGUCGACCUUUACGAUAAAAGUCUCGGUUCUGCUGUUCUAUCUUCGAGUUUUUGUCACUCCCGCCAUGAAGCUGGCCGCAAAGCUCACCCUCGCCUUUGUGGUGCUGUGGACGGUAGGCAAUAUCAUGCAAGUGUUUCUGAUCUGCCGGCCUUUUGCCGCGACGUACGACACAGAUGUGCCGGGCACUUGCGGCAAUCAGGUGGCAAGCUUCAUUGCUAUUGGGUGCUUCAACAUUGUCACCGAUGUGAUCAUCAUUAUUCUUCCAAUCCCUACAGUCUGUGUCAGUGUAGUGGCCAUUGCACGCAUUGUCGCCUUGACAAGACUUGAUAUGAAGGCAAACUUGACCGGUACCAUGAUAUACGCCGACUUCCUCUCGGCCGUCGAGCCCAACCUGGCCAUUCUUUGUGUCAGCCUGCCCAUGCUACGGACACUAAAGUCCCGCAUGAGAACAAAGGGGCGCUAUGACCCAUCGACCAGCAGAUCUGAAGGCCAGCUAGAUAGCAAGAAGUUCGGCGACUCUAGGCAUGUGCGACUCACGGGCGACAUGCCCGCAGAGAGCUUUGCCAUGAAAACUGUUUACGCGGUCAACCCAGGCGGCGAUUACAAUGCCACAAUCGUAAAGGGAGGAGCGUCGCAAGAGCACAGUGAUGACAUGGAGAGCCCGACUGGGUCUCAGACCGAGCUGGCCCCGUCCGUUCUUAGCGAUGGCCAUCCGAAGCAGGGCAUCAUUGUCAAGACGCGAGUGGAAACGCGCUGGAGCACGCCAUACGAGUAA